AUGGACACAACCCGCAUACCCCGAAACCUUAUAUUCCAACAAGCCCGGCGUCGCAGCGAAACCGGCCAUCCGGUAAACCCACCCCCUGUUAUAGACGACUUGCACAGGCAUAUUGGAGAUUCGCUAACCUCGGUGGUUUUCAUACGUCAGCAAACUUGCUCGCCGCGGAGGAAUCGUCAGGAUCAAAGCCGACGUAUACGACGAGGCCCGAAGGGCCAUCAGAGACCGCCUGACAGAGGUAGGUUUCUACCUAACUUAACUUGCGUGGUGACUACCCGCGAUGUUAUUUAUGCUUUGAACAGACUUGGGAAUACCUUGUAUGGGUUCUAA